AUGGAGGAUGAAAUCGAACAAAUCCCGCCCAAUAGCGGCGACAACCCCACAACAAUCGAAUACAGCGCUGAAUUGGGCAACGAGCACUCGUUGGGUCCCAUAACCCAAAGCCGAAACUCAGGUGACGCGGCAAGCCCUUUGAUUGAUGAAAGGUUUAUGCGUUGGAUUAUGGACCAAAACCAAUCAAACCAGCAACGAUCUCUGUCCCCUCUUGCCGAUGACACCCCCUCCUCCAUUCAGAAGUCUACCGAGUUAGAAAACAAGCACUUUGCAAACAUACACAAGCCGGUAGAUAUUCAGUUUCAGGAAUCGAGCCCCGAUUCGGUCCAGCCUCGCCGUCGCCGGCGUCAUUUCAAGAAGGCUUGUGAGUUAAAGUACGAGUUACAACGGUUGACCCUUGAGGAGAGGGCAGCUGCUAUUCUCAAAGAGGAGGAUAUUAGGAUGCUCCUGGAAUUCUGUCCAGCAGUGCGCAAGCAUUUCUCAGGAUAUUUCCGGAAGGACGGUCGGCUUCGUUCGAAGCAAUGUCACAAAAUGUUGUGGAGAUAUUGCAGCAAUGCGGCUCAGGAUCCCCCCGAGACACUCCCCGGGGAUCUGAACGCAGAUACUGGAAUCCGUGUCAAGCGCUCUGCAUCCUCUGGUGAUGACAAUCAGGGACCCUCACAACGCGUCAAGAACCGCACAAGCAACGAGCUAGAUUGUUCGAGCGAAGAGAAAAUUCUCCAGUACGAUGAGAGAACCCACUACACGAACAUGCCAAAGAUUCAGAUGACAAAAACCCAGGACCCACAGAGCACUCCAUCUGAUGACGGCACUGUAGAUGAUCUCCCAAGUCGUCAGCUCCAUGCCGAGCUUCAAAGGUCCUGCGAUGCGAUCGACCUGCCUGAGGAUCCUCGCCGUGGUGAAUCAAAUAUUGAGAAUGGCCAAACAACCGCUAAAGGAAAGCAACUUGACCACUCUCAGGGCAUCGCUAAUGUCGAGGGCUCCCUCAACACUCUUGUACAGAGAGACACCAUUAUCGAAGGUUCCUCCAUCGCUCAUAUCCGAGUCCAAAUUUACCGACGAUCAUUCCCAGGGACCAAUACGGUUUGGUUCACUCCUGAAGAAUUAAUGACGCACACCAAGGAACUGUCAGUCCCUUCAGCAACGAGACUAGGACCACUCAGCUCACCAAAGGAAUUCCAAUGUGUUCCUCCAGACACAGUUAUUAUUCAGUACAAAAUUGAAAUCACGAUACAGCAAUAUGGUACAUUCGAUGUUGAAACCACUCGUUAA